AUGCCCCUCGGUCUCUUGGCAGCUCAGAGGAGCGCAGCAGGCCGCAUCGCCUCGACGUCGCUCCGAGCCGCCGCACACCCUGCCAUUUCCACCAGGGGAUUCGCUAGCGCCUCCAACGUACUGCGAACCCUUCCGGGUGCAGCUUCCUCCGCCCACAGGACAUCGCUCAGCCUCAAUGACAAGGACCUCAAGACGCUAGCAGCAGCUCAGAGGGCUAGCUCGUCUAGCGCAUUCGCAAAGGAGAAUGCUUCCGACAGGGACACCAUCACUCGACUUCUGUACUCCCUAGCUUCCAGGAAGGAGGUAGAGCGAUACCUGCGCAUCUUCUCUGCCGCCAACAAGUUCGCAGUCCUCAAGGUCGGAGGUGCCAUCCUCACCAACGAGCUUGAUGAGCUGGCCCUCAGCUUGAGCUUCUUGCACAGAGUAGGCCUGUACCCCAUCGUCCUGCACGGCGCCGGACCUCAGCUGAACGAAAUUCUGGAGAAGGAGGGCGUGGUACCAGACUACAUCGAUGGCAUUCGAAUUACUGACGCCAAGACGCUCAGGGUAGCUCGACAGGUCUUCCUGGAGGAGAAUCAGCGCCUAGUGGAGAAGCUCGAGUCACUUGGAUCCCGCGCACGUCCCAUCCCUCUUGGUACAUUUACCGCUAGCUACCUCGACAAGGAAAAGUACGGUCUCGUUGGAAAGAUCGAGAGAGUGGACAAAGAGCCCAUCGAGAGCGCCAUCCGAAACGGCUGCCUUCCCAUCCUGACUUCCAUGGCCGAGACUGAGGAUGGACAGAUCUUGAAUGUCAAUGCAGAUGUCGCCGCCAGUGAGCUCGCAAAGGUCCUUGAGCCCCUCAAAAUCGUCUACCUGAACGAAAAGGGCGGUCUCUACCACGGCAAGACUGGCGAGCUCAUCGAAAACAUUAAUCUUGACGAGGAGUACGAGGAUCUGAUGAAGCAGGAGUGGGUCAAGUUCGGAACCAAGCUGAAGCUCCGAGAGAUGAAGGAGCUCCUCGACCAUCUCCCUCGCUCGUCUUCAGUAGCAAUCAUUUCGACGGAUCAGCUCCAGAAGGAGCUCUUCACCGACUCUGGAGCUGGUACCUUGCUUCGCCGAGGCUACAAGCUCUUCCGUCACGACAACAUCGAGGCUGCUGGAGCUGAGCGACUCCGCUCUCUGCUUCGAGACAAUGACGAGGAGAUCAUGGACGGCCGCAAGAGCGUUGCACAGUUCUUUUCUGAGCUUUCGAAGCACCCUUACACCAUCUACGGUGAUGAGCCAAACGAUGUCGUCGCUUUCGUCUCGAGGCCGCAGGGCGAGGUCCCCAUCUUGACCAAACUCGUGGCUACCCGCAAUGGCGUCCUGAAUGGCGUGACUGACAACGUCUUCUCUCUUAUCAAGAAGGAUCACAAGCGCUUGGUGUGGACUGGAAGGGCAGAUGACGAAAACCGAGCCUGGCAUUACGAGCGGGCUGACGGCAGCUUCUCGAGGAAUGGACGAAGCCUGUUCUACUACGGCAUCAGCGACGUUGGCGAGGUCGAGCGUGUCCUGCGCUCAAUUGAGGACAAGGGUCGCGUGGAGCGUGCCUAUCUGCCUCUGCACGCCAGGGCAACAACUCGAGGCUUCCACACUUCCGCCCGAGCACAGCGCCCAUCUCUACAGAGCAGCAGCAGCAGCGCAUCCUCAGCCACUCGUGGCUAUGCUACGGCAGUUGAGCGGAGUGGACCUCUGCCUGCUACCAAUGCCGAGCCCAAGAGGGUCGCACUCAUUGGCGCACGAGGAUACACUGGACAAGCGCUGGUGUCCAUUCUCAACCAGCACCCUCACCUCUCAUUGUCCCACGUCUCUUCUCGAGAGCUAGCAGGUCGACCUCUAGCUGGGUACAUCAAGUCCGAAGUGCUCUACUCCAACAUCGGCGUUGAUGACCUACGCAAGCUCGAGGAGGGCCGAGGUGAUUCCGCACCCCCCGAUGCGUAUAUCAUGGCUCUACCCAACGGCGUCUGCAAGCCUUUUGUCGAGGCUGUGCAACAAGGCGGCAAGGGCAAGCAUGGAGGACACGGCCGCAUCGUCGACCUGAGCGCCGACUACCGUUUCGAGGAUGACUGGACCUACGGACUGCCAGAAUUGUACUCGCGCCAAGCUAUCCGUGACUCGCGCUUAAUUUCCAACCCAGGCUGCUACGCCACCAACACUCAAGCCCUUCUCGCUCCUCUCCUCCCCUAUCUCGAUCUUCAAAACCCUCCAACGGUAUUUGGUGUAUCCGGGUACUCGGGUGCGGGGACCAAGACGGGUCAGACAAAAGAUGGACAGCCAGUAACGCUUCCCAAGAUUAGUGCCGAGGAUCUCCAGGGAGGACUGAGGCCUUAUUCCCUCACGGACCAUAUUCAUGAGAGGGAAGCUUCACGUCAUCUUAGUCGAUUGGGAGGAUUUGAAAGCAGUGCCAAUGCAGAUCCAGCACUAAAGGUCGCUUUCGUUCCAACUGUAGGACCUUGGUUUCAGGGAAUCCUCUCUACCGUCUCUGCUCCUCUGAAGCAGAAGCUUACGGCCAAGGAGGUGCGCAAGCUCUACGAAGACUUCUAUGCGGGAAAUGAGCUAGUGACCCUUUCGCCUACGGUGCCAGAGGUCAAGGAUAUCCAGCUCAAGCAUGGAAUUAGACUUGGGGGUUGGCAGGUCCAUUCGGAUGGGAAGAGAGUAGUGGUGGUGAGCACAAUUGAUAAUCUGCUCAAGGGAGCAGCAACGCAGUGUAUUCAGAAUUUGAACAUUGCGCUGGGAUAUGAGGAGUUGGCGGGAAUUCCUACUAAUUGA